UAGGCCUACUUGUCAAAAUUCAGACUGUCUGGUCGCCUGCUUUGAGAGGAUCCGAUUAAAGGAGUCGAAAGGGCGCCGCUCAUGCGCACGUUUGGACUACGCGAAUUGUGUUGACGAUGACCCCAGUGUUCACGCCCUGACACUCCAACAAUCGAUUAUUUUGCGCUUCUUCGCACGGUUUCUGUAAACUGAGUCAAACAUGGAGUCCGGCUCAGCUCAGACGGCUGAGUUCACCGUGGAAGCUGUGGAGAGGGCUCUCCAUCAGCUUUAUUAUGAUCCGGACAUGGCCCAGAAGAGUGUGGCUCAGAAGUGGCUGACUCAGGCUCAGAUGUCUCCACAAGCCUGGCACUUCUGCUGGGCUCUCCUCAGUCAGGACAAGGUCCCAGAGGUCCAGUUUUUUGGAGCAAGCACCCUGCACGCCAAGAUCUCGAGGAGCUGGAGCGACCUUCCCACAGAGCAGCACGUCUCCCUCAGGACCCAACUCAUCGCCCAGGUCGGCCAUUUCGCCAGCGGGCCCAAGAUGGUGCUGACCAGGCUGUGUGUCGGCCUGGCCUCGCUGGUCCUCCACACCAUGCCAGACUCCUGGCCCACGGCUGUGCCCGACCUGCUGCAGGCCUUCCAGACAGGACAGGGCAUCACCACCGGGGCCGAUGGCCGUGCUCGCUGCCUCGCCAUGCUGGAGCUCCUCGCCGUGCUCCCCGAGGAGUUCCAGAACAGCAGGGUCCCAGCGGCGCGGCGCUCCCAGCUACGGAGCGCUCUGGCUGGGCAGUGGAGCGCCGUCUGUUCCCUCCUGCAGCAGCUCCUGAGGCAAGCCGACUCCCCGACACAGGUGAAGAUGCGGGUGCUGCGCUGCCUGGCCUCCUGGAUGGCUCUGGACGUCUCUCUGGGGGACAGCGAGGGGCUGCUGCAGGACAGCUUCAGCACGCUGGCAGACCCGGAGCUGUUUGACACCGCAGUGGAGACUAUCGUUAGCACCAUCUCCCAGCCUGACGCCCAUAGGUUUGCUGACACCUUGGUCAAGUUGGUGCCUCAGGUUCUGGGCCUGCAGGAUCAGCUGAGGAAGGCUGUGGAGACAGGGGACAUGGAGACCUCUCAUGGCAUCUGCAGAAUCGCUGUCGCUCUCGGGGAAACCCACUGCAGGACCCUUCUGGAGCAUGUGGACCAGUGGCAAGGGUUCCAGGCGUUGGUCAACAUGAUCCUGUUUUGCACAGGCAUCCCUGGCCACUACCCUGUGGACGAGACCACCAGCACUCUCACGCUCACCUUCUGGUACACACUGCAGGAUGACAUUCUGUCCUUUGAUGCAGAUCGACAGGCACUUUACCUGCAGAUGUACAGGCCCUUGUAUUUCCAGCUGGUAGAUGUUCUCCUGCACAAAUCCCAUUUUCCCAGUGAUGAGGCUUUCGCCUCUUGGUCAUCUGAUGACAAGGAGCAGUUCAGAAUUUACAGGGUAGACAUCUCAGACACUCUGAUGUAUGUGUAUGACCUGCUGGGGCCCGAGCUGCUGAGGAACCUUUAUGACAGACUUGGCCGCCUCCUGACUGAGUCAGGACGAACAGCCUCCUGGCAGGAUAUAGAGGCACUUCUGUUUGGGUUUCAGUCCAUCGCUGAGACUGUCGACGUCAGUUACUCUGAUGUCAUCCCAGGCCUGGUUGGCCUGAUCCCCUUGAUCAACGUUACCAAUGUGGAGCUGGCAGAUACCGUCAUGUUCACCAUAGGGUCUCUGGGGGAGUGGCUGGCAGACCACCCUCUCAUGCUCGGCGGGAUUCUGCCCGUGGUGCUCCAGGCUCUGACCAAUCCGGACCUGUCCGUGUCCAGCGUCUCUGCCCUAAAGAGGAUCUGUCGCGAGUGCCGGUACAACCUCCAGCCCCACACUGACAACAUCCUGGCUGUCACACAGGAUGUUCUUGUCAAACAGAUUCACAAGAGUGCCCAGUGUAUCUGGCUGAUGCAGGCCCUGGGCUUCCUGAUCUCAGCCCUGCCGGGGGAGCAGAUCCUGGGGAAGCUCCUGCCCCUGCUCAGCCCUCACCUCCAGCAGCUGGAGCACUUCACAAAGGAGACGCCUAACCCGUCCAACAAAUCAGCCAUAGUCCACAUCCUGGGCCUGCUGUCCGGUCUAUUCACCACGCUGGACACCAGCUCUGAGCGGGAGGGCUCUGAGGACAUGGCCAUAGCCCGACCAGCAGCACCACAACAUCCCGACCCCCACCCAGUUGUUGUUAUACUGCAGCAGUUCUUCCCUCUUAUUCAAGCUGUCCUCAGCAAGUGGCUUUCUGACUCCGAAGUAGUGGAAGCUGCUUGUGCCAUCUUUGACAAGUCCCUGAAGACCCUGCUGAGUAACUUCGCCCCCCUGGUGGCCCAGCUGAGUGAGCUGGUGGGGCAGAUGUACGGAGCCGUCCCCCAGGCUGCCGCUCUUGACCUCACGCGACAGCUUGUUCACAUAUUCUCUGGUGAGAAAGAACACUUUGCCCCGGUCAAGACACUACUUGAGCUACUGACCUCCAUCACGCUGGCUAUCUUUCAGCGAGAGCCAAGAGAUCAUCCUGACAUUGUGGAUUCAUUCAUGCAACUCCAUGCACAGGUGCUGAAAAGAAAAGCGGAGCUGUACCUCUCUGAGACAUUGGACAUCAAAGCUGUUUUCUACUGUGGAAUCCUGUCAUUCAAAUUCCCUGAGAAACCCACUGUGAAAUCUACAUGUUUGUUUUUUACAGAGCUGGUGCCCCACUGUGAAGACAUCCCUGCAGUGGGUGAGGUGCUGCAAGAGGAUGGGAAACUGCUCCUUCAGUCCCUGCUGGAGGGUGUGGGGGGCCAGGCACCCCGCAGUCUGAUGGAGUACUUUGCAGAGGUGCUGUUGUGCUUGAACCGCCACUGCCACAGCCCCAUGUCUGUGUGGAUGCAGGAGGUCAUGUUGAUACCCAACUUCCCCUCAGCACGCGUCUCCAUGGAGCAGAAGCAGACGUUCAGCCAACAAAUCCUCAGGGAGCAAACCAAUAAGAGGCGCGUAAGGGAAAUAGUGAGAGACUUCUCUCAGCAGUGUCGAGGUCUGCACGGCGCAGAGUACGCCGGUGAUUAUUGAACUGUCCCAACAUGAGAAGGGCUCACUAAACUGAACACCAAACACACUUUGAUAUUUUCGUGGACAUUGCUGGAAGGAAACGAGGCAUCUUUUCUAGGUUUUGACAUACUUAUGUGUGGUUGUUUGCAUUUGUAUGAUUUUAUUAAAAGGUUUGUGACGUU